GGUGGUCUCAAUUGUCGUUUGGGGAAUUAUGCUGGUCUUGACUUCCUCCACGAGCGUCAACUGGGACAGUUUAUGGAUGUGCACAAAUUUCCGACCGGAGAAGCCCAAAGUCUUCAUUGUGGCGGUGGUGGGAGAUUUUGAUGAUUUUUCGGGCCUAAUUUUAAAUUUUGUAGAUUUGUUCUGCUGUGCUGGUUGUUCUCUACCUGUUCGAGGCUCUGUAUGCUUGCGAGAUGAUGUUCGUCGAGGAAGCGACCAAAAAUGUGAAGGUGGAAGGGGGGAAGUCUGA